UAGAAAUUCCUAAUAAUUCGAGAAAAUUUUUGCAUAAUAGAGUAUAUUUUGUUUGUUAAAUAUUAAAUAUAGAAAGCCUCGCGGAUUUUAUUACUAAAUGUUAUUUUCUCGUUAUUUUGUACAUUAGUUGUAAAAGAGACCUUAAUAAUAGUAUAAAUUUGUUAAAAAGUCACUGUCAUUACUUGCGAAUCGAUAGAUUUUUGUCAAAUUUGACACUUUGGGUGAGAGAAAUUUAUUUAGUUUUACUUCUUUAUUAAAACUGUAAUUUGCUUAAAUGGAUUUACCGAACAUCGACAAUUAUUACUUAAAAUCUAAGAAAUCCGGGGGUUUCCUGAAGAGAUCAUUGUCUACGAUAGGACUCGGUCAUGCAACCGCAAAUUUAACAUUAAGGGAAGCACGAUCGUUCACAGGGGCUGUUGAAGAACUGAGAAGUUGUAACCCAAAGAAACAAUACAUUUGUCAAACAACGGAAGUGACGUCGAAUCAGAUAUUCAUCGUCAAGGAUGAGAUGCUAACUUACCGGGGUACCAGAUAUUCGCUGAACGACAUCGCAAUAAGAUGGAAAAAAGACUGCAGGACAUGGCUCUGGAAAAGUAAGCUUGGCAGAAGAAGAAACAGAUCUCUGGGAGAAUUGCGAGAGAAAAUGCAAAAUGCCAAAAUUCAAAAUUGAUAUCUCAUUAAUCAACUUUUUCUUCUUGAUGUAGUAUUUCUUUACGCCUGUAUCAGUAUUAUUGUUUAUUAUACAAUUAUUUUUUAACUUUGAUUCGAAUUUUCGUAAUACAUGUCAUCAUCAUCAUCAUCAUAAGGUCGUCAGUCCUGAG